AUGGCGUGCGUUGCUACUCGCAAUCAAGACUCUGCAGUGCAUCGACGAGACUUUCAAUCUGAUGUUGCUGUGGAGGAUGAUCUCCAGUUACCCACGAUUUGUACGAUGGCUGGCAAGGCUCACAUCAUUGCCGAAGUGUGCAUCACAGCAACCAGAUUUCCUCUUACCCUUCUGCAGAAACCAGCUCCGACUGAACAGGACUUACUGAGACGUUUCGACGCCACAGUCAAAGAUGUCUUGUCUCAUGGUUUAACCUCCGUCCAUGAUGCGGGGCUCAAACCUGUUUCGCUCGAGUUUUUCACAAGACAGGCGGCGGCAGGAAAUCUUCCCUUUCGAAUUUAUGGGAUGAGAUACUUCAAUGAAAACGAUCCUUACUGGGGAAAUCUCUCAGAACCUAUUAUCAAUGCGGGCGAUGGCAGGCUAAAUGCUCGCAGUGUCAAGAUCUUUGCUGACGGUGCUUUACGCUCUGGUGGAGCAGCGGUGAGAAUCUCUUUGGCCGUGUUUGUGUUUUUCUUGAUGUCUCUCAGCUCCACGAGCCGUAUCAUGAUAAACCCCACACGAAGGGAUAUGUGUGUGGACCCCAAAGUCUUGACUGAUGUUGUACCCAAAUGUUUAAGAGAUGGAUGGCAGGUUAAUAUCCAUGCAAUUGGGGACUAUACCAACGGUGUGGUUCUGGACACAUUCGAGGCUGCCUUGAAGGACGUCGAUAUAACUGCACUCAGACCUCGCCUAGAACAUGCCCAAAUUCUGACACAAACUGACCUGGAACGUGUCCGAAAGCUUGGAGUCACAGAUUACCCUCGGGCCGGAAAUGGCAGUCUCAAGCCCCCUCACCGAGUUGAUUUCAAAUUUGAGCCGUAUAAUGUUCCCGCGACAGAAAUCACAAAACUUGGGUUGUUUCCAAGUAGUACAGGAGGGCUCGGUGAUGUCUGGAAGUGUUCAUGGUCUCGACGAUCUCAGGAUUCUGAGGUUGCGGUCAAAUUAGCCAGGGUUCCUCAAGCAAACGACACGGAACUGGUGAAUAGGACAAGCAAGAGGAUUCAUCGCGAGGCUCAUGUUUGGAUUACCCUAGAGCAUGAAAAUAUUCUUACUUUCAAUGGUGUUGUUGAUGGCUUUGGGCCACUCCCUGCCCUAGUUUCUCUAUGGAUGGGAAAUGGAUCGCUCGAUGAUUAUCUGAAAAGGGGAUGUGUUCUUUCCAAGGCUGACAAACCGAGAAUGGGACGCACCAUGGCGGCCGGCCUCAAGUAUUGUGCAUCUAAAUUUUUUUCUGUAUCUGGAUCAGACAUGCUCACCGACUUGUCAGUACACGACAAAGAAGUGGUCCAUAGCGAUUUAAUAUGUACCAAUGUUUUGAUGAGUGCCGAUGGGAGGUUCCAUCUUGCAGACUCCGGUCUCUCAAUGAUCCUUUCGGAAGCACAAAACUCCACCUUCAGUUCGUGCCAUCCAGGAAAUGUGCGGUGGAUGGCGCCUGAGAUGCUUGCUAUACCUGAGCAAGGGGAGGUGGCGAAACCAACCAAAGCCGCUGAUGUUUACUUAUAUGGUUGCAUCAUGCUUCAGCUAUUUUGUGGACGUGCACCUUACUUCUGGCUAACGCAAGCGAACCACGUUAUUGCGGCAAGAAUGGCAGGAACAGAACUUUUCGUCAAUUCACUGACAUCGAAAACGUACACAAGGAGUAUUCGUUGA